AUGAGGCGCGCUGCCACCCUCCACCGCGCUACCCCGGGCGCUGCUGCCUUCUCUUCUCGCAUCUCCUUCCCUUCUUCAUCCGUUCUUGCCGCUACAUCUUCCGCUCGCAUCCAGCUGGGCACGAGCAGCAAUGCCAUUGCCCCAUCUCACCCGCUCGUGAUUAUCGGCGCGCGUGGCCUGCGGCUUCGCAAGGGGCGAGAGGACUGGUACAACGAACAGGAGGGCAAGCCCCAUCCCGGUGCGGAGUACCCUUGGGGCGUGCGCCGCAUUUACCCGGAAUCCUGGAUCCGCGAGCCGCGCGGCUCCCUCUUCCCCCUCGUCCCCGAGCCCCGCAAGGGAGAGACCGUAGAGAGCUUCUUCCAGAAGAUCAAGCUUACUGACCACGCCAGCAAGUUCAGCUCCUGGGAGGAACUGUUCACCACCAAGACGAGGGCGAUGCGAGCGAAGGGCAUCAAGAAGUCGAAGGACCGACGGCUCAUCCUGUCGUGGGUGGAGAAGUACCGGCAGGGCGUCGAUCCGGGCACCAGCAAGUACCUCCUCUACUACCCGAAGGGCUCCUGGUAG